GCGCCGUGUACGUACUACGGAUCACAUGUUUAUUUUUAUUAUCAAGAUUCGCGGGCAGUUUUAACAGUAAUUUAGAACGAUAUCAGUAAUUUAACGAUGAUUCGACGAUUCAGCAAGUCAGUCGGAGGAUGAGUCUGGGAGUGACUGGGAAACCAUGUCGGAGAGUGACUGGAGUAUAGACAGCGACUGGAGUAUUGAUGGUGACACAGUGAGCCCAUCAGACACUGAAGACGAAUGCUCAGCCUCUUCAGCGACGCCAUCGUUGCUGCAAUGGAGCAACGACAUCCAACCCGCUAAAAUAUGCCCCUUCAAAAUGAAGCCAGGUCUUAAGGAGAGCUGCGGCAAGACUCCCGUAGACUUCUUCAAGCUACUGUUCAAUAGAUCGUUAUCCGAGUUUCUAGUAAAUAAUAUAAACAAUCACGCACUGAAACUCCUAAACCAGAAUGUCCAGAAUCAACAAGGUAGACGCUUUAAGCAGGUAACACUGAACGAGUUUUACGUUUUCCUCGGGUUACUUUUGAAUGUAGGAACUAUGAAUGCGGAUGUAAUUGAUGCAACGCAGCCGCUUGUUGAAGACCCCGAGGAAUACAUGAGCCCUGUUAGAUUUAUGUUCAUUUUAAAAUGUUUGAAUUUCGAACACGAGCUGCCUGGGAAGACUGAUAAGAUGUCUAAAAUCUCUCAUAUGAUAGAUUACUUCAAUAUUAUGAUGAAAAAAGUCGUUCAUCCAACAAGGGUGUUAUGUAUAGAAAAGUCAAUCACUGUGCUUUGUUAUGAAAAUGUAUACAUAUUAACAGAUGAGUUCGGAUUAGCGCUAAAAUUGGCAGUUUAUCAAUCAGAACAGAAACCCGGUCCUCACGUGGCGAAGACUUUGCUAGAAGAUAAAUUAGACGUCGGCCAUUCCGUGUACAUGAGUGAAGAUUACAAUUCUCUUGAAUUAACCAGGUUCCUAAUAAAUAGAAAGACUUAUGUAACAGGACCGAUUAAGCGUAAAAGGUUCGGAGUUUUAAAAGAAGUUAAAGAUAAAAAGUUAGAAAAGGGGGAGAAGAUAGUUAAGUACAAUACCGACGGGAUCUGCGUAGCGAAAUGGAGGGAGCGACGUGAAGUUAUAAUGGUGUCUUCGGAGCACAAUGGGGAAUGGAAAGAGUAUAUAGACACGUACAGACAGAAGAACAAGCGUCCUUCUUGCGUGUUGGAGUACAACAAGUACAAAGAUAGCCCUGAAAAGCAUGAAGAGAUGCUGGGGCAGUAUUACUGCAGUAUCCUGUGCGGCGAGAAGACACGAGCGAAUAACAGGUUCAAGAUAUUGGGAGUCCAUAUUCUGGAGAUGUUGGUAUUGAACGCUUACAUCUUGUAUAACAAGUACGGAGGGCAAGCGAUGUCGUUGAUAGAUUUCAGAACGAUUGUUGUGAAGCAUCUGUUGUCGCAUGGGAAGCGGGUCCGCGUUUGAGUUUUUAAAGUGUAAAGGUAGUAUAUAAAGAACUCGUUUUUUUUGUUUCGUAAGAAAG